AUGCGCGGGACCGGCUACGCCUAUUCUGCAUACCCCGCGCCCCCGCUCCGCAGCCCAGUUGUCCCGCGGCAGUCCUCUCCUGUGCCGAGGCCCCCGCAGCCCGUCCCGGCCGCGCCCCUCGCCGUCCGGGCCCGGUCGCCCCUGUGGCCGCACUCGCCGCUCCCAGCGGCCGCGGCCGGAGACGUCGUGCCUUGCGUCGUGGAGAGCCCGGCGCGGAGGUCGAGCCCAGGCCGCCACCUGAGCCCAGGCCGCCCCCUGGCGUACCCUGCCGAGCCGCCGCGGAGCCCAGCAGGUCGCCCGCUGGCGUACGCCGCCGAGGCGCCGCGGAGCACUGCAGGCCGCCCCCUGGCGUACCCCGCCGACCUCGCGGCAGGCUCCGCGGUGCUCCGCGAGCGCAGCAGGCCGGCGUCUCCAGGCCGAGGCGUCGUCGUGCACGACCCCGCCGCCGCCGCGGACGGCGCAGCGCUCGCGGCCUCGCUGCGCCUGGAGCGCCAGGCGCGGGAGGCGCUGGAGCUGCAGGUGAAGACGUUGAUGGAGAGCCAGGGCCACCACGGGCAGAGGCCGAUCGGCGGGGGCGCCGAUGCGCUCGACAGCGAGCCCCUGCGCGGCUCCAGGGAGGACCUCCGGAGGCAGUUGGCCCGGGAGCAGGGCGAGAAGCGCCCGCUGCGUGAGGCCGUGCAGGUGGCCUACGUGGCGGACAACAGCGCCCUGAGGGCCAACACCCCGGGCAUCCAGUACCGCUUCGGCACCCACGUCGACCUCAGGGCUGCCUCGGGCAACCUCCUGAGGUGGGGCGCGACGGUGAAGGGGACCGAGUGCGUGGGCGGCGAGUGGCUGAAGGUCGAGGGCAGCGGCUACCUGCCCAUGAGGCUGAACGGCGUGCGGGUGCUCAAGCGCAAGGGCGCGCCCGGCUGCUCUUCGUGCUGGGCGGGCCUCUGCGGGGCGCCCGCGGGCCUGCCGCGCAGCGGCGCCGCCACGCGGGCGCCGGAGGCCUGGCAGGCUGGCACCAACACCAGCCCGGACCUCCCGGGCCUCGGCGCAAACAUAGGGGCGGAGGUCUGCAUCAUUGGAGCUACGGGACUGCGCCCCGGCGGGGGGGCCGAGAUCUUCUGCCGGUGCAGGGUCCGGGGCCAGAAGGUCGACGCCGCCGAGACGGCCCGGAGGCGGGACCCGUGCCCGGUGUGGGAGUCGGGCCACCGGCUCGGCUUCGAGGAGAUCCGGGGGCGCAGGCUGGAUUUCGAGGUGUGCAGCUCGCAGGCCCACGCCAUGGGCGAGAAGGUCAGCAUCCUCGGGAGGGCAACGCUGUCGGUGGGCAGAGAUUGGCUGGGCGCCUCAGAGAGCUUCGAGGUCGACCUGCCCCUGAGCCGCUACCUCUGCGGCGCGGGCUCCUUGAGGGUGAGGCUGUUUGGCGUGAGGCCGGUGGGCGUGAACGCGCUCCACGAGACGGUAAAGGCGACCGCCUUCGAGGACCUGGACGCAAACGGCGACGGGAGAAUCACCCGGGAGGAGUUCGCGGACGCGUACCAGAAGGGCAGGGUGAAGUUCGGCAAGGACGGGAACCUCGUGUCGCCGUGCGGGUCGCCGCGGUCGCAGUGGCCUUCCUCUGGGCAGGGCUCCCUCUACGGAGGCUCCACCACCGCGUCGACGGUGACCUGGGUGCUGGUCCGCCACG